GAAACCUCUUGGGGGCGGAGUCGGGAGAGACAGGUCCACCACCAGGCCUUGAAAUCUCAGAUCCAGACAGGGAGGGGCAAACCUGGAAGUGGCAGCUCUCAGCUUUGCAUAGCAAUACCCCGCUUUGCAUAAUAAAUGAAGGCAAGUAUUUAAAGGCGCCGCCGCCAACACAAACCUAGUAGUUAGGCCCGCGCAGACCUAUCGCUUGCCAUGAGUCUCCAGGUACAGGCUCCGCUCCUGAUCCUCUUGGUCCUGCUUUUCGCCAGCCCUGUGGCCCCUGAGUUCGUCUUCCUGAAACAGCUCAGUAGCUUUUCCUGGGAUAACUGUGAUGAGGGGAAGGACCCUGCCGUGAUCAAAAGCCUGACUCUGGAACCUGACCCCAUUGCCUUUCCUGGGAACUUGACUGUUAGCGUCGAGGCCCGGACUGAAGUCCCCCUCACUAGUCCUCAAAAGGUGGAGCUAACUGUGGAAAAAGAAGUAGCUGGCUUCUGGGCCAAAGUCCCAUGUGUGGAACAAAUUGGCAGCUGUACCUAUGAAGACUUCUGCCAAAUAAUUGACACUGUAAUUCCCCCUGGAGAGCCCUGCCCAGAGCCCCUGCACACCUAUGGGCUUCCCUGCCACUGUCCCUUCAAAGCAGGCGUGUACUCACUGCCGGAGAGUGAUUUCACCCUGCCCCAGCUGGAGGUGCCCGGCUGGCUUAGCUCUGGGCACUACCGCAUCAAGACGGUCCUCAGCAGCAGUGGGGAGCGUCUGGGCUGUGUCAAGAUCUCUGCCUCUCUGAAGGGCAAAUAAUGUGGCACCAGCCACAGCAGAAUGAAGGGGUGUGAGGAAGAUGGCCCUCUUCUUCUUUCUUGCAUUUGCCAAGGUCCAAGUCUGACUCUCUGUCCCCCUUCAAGCCCAUUUCUGCAACGAUGCCACUACCCUUGCUGAAAAUCAUUCUGUGCCACCGACAUUUUAGACGCGGCCAGGCAGCCCCAACCUAGGGAGGAGCUGGGCAGUGCUUGAUAGCCGCGGCACCUGCCAUGCUGGCCGCUCCAUUUCCCUCCUCAACCCUAUGGCUUUCUAAGAGCUUAACUCUGUUUCUAAACAGUCAAGGAAUGGGACCAAUAUAUUUUGUACCCUCAAGCUCAGACUGACCCCAUGUUGGUUUCCUGAAGUACCUUCGUGAUUUUCUUUAAAUUUUUUUUUUUUUUUGUCACUGACUCCAAAACAGAAUGAGAGUAUUAACAGUUGGUGUUUUACUCUAAUCCCCUCUUAACGAAGGGGCUGCAGUAGUUCAUCUCGGUCUGUUCCUCCGUUAACUCCUAUGAUUAAUUCAGUAUUCUCUUCUAGAUUUACUCAGUGAACGGUGGGACAUAGCGUAUCCUGGAGAGGCAGGGCAUGUGGCAGAGGGCUUCACUGGGAGAGGUAUUUAAGAAUGCUCCUAUGUGUUUAAGAUAGGUUACAAACUCAGGUGCCUACAGGGCCAAGCACAAGCGACCAGGACCACCAGGAACAUAUUGCUUCCAGCAUGUUUUUUUCCCUUUUUACAGCAGCACAUAUGCAUUGUUACAAGGCAGCUGAUGUCCAGUCUUGAGCUGGGAUAUUAUCAGGGAUGAUGGGGCCUGGGAUGAGUCAGAAAGAGUGCAUUCAGCCCUUAGGGGCAGCUGCUAUGGAACUAUGGCCACUUGGUGUCACCAGAGAAUGUUGUGGGCCCAGUAUUGCCAAAUAUUCUCAAUUCCCCCCCCCCCCCCCCAACCCCCCGGCGAGGCCAGAAAUCCAGACUUUUAUAUGAAAUCUUACAGUUUUUAAAUAUUGGCAACUAAUUAUUUUUUAAGACACUGUGCACGCCAAAAGGGCCAAACAGACUUGUCAGUGGGGAAAUCUGGCCCCGGAUGGCCAGUUUGCGACCUCUGAUGUACAAACCUGCAUUCCCCCUGCCCUUUCAGUCUUGAGACCGCUCGUCCUGUACCAUCUCUCCCUCCAUACGUACAAACCGAUAGUGUCUGACCCACGGAACAGCCUCUUCCAGCGCUAGGGGACGGGGACGCAGCCUCUCCGAGCUGUGAGCCGCGGGGAUCGUGAGGCAGCCUGCCCCAGCCUGUGAGCACUGUCAGGGUGAGUGGGGCAAACACUGAAAGAGCUGGAACCCACCGGCAGCUGCUCUGUAGAGCAAGGAUCCAGCGAAGAAAGGUGGACUCACAUCAGGUGCCUGGAUUCGUCCAUCGUCCCAUCCUCCAUGACAACUUACUGACCCACAGAUCACCCCCAGUUUCUGGGCUCAUUUGAAGCCCGGAAUGGCAAUAAACCUUUUUAACUUGCUGGCAAUUC